GUGCGGCGGGGUCGCGCGUCGGGUCCUCCGGGGCCGCGCGCAGCCGUUCGCCGCACGUGCCUCGGCACGUGGCUGAGCGGCGGCCCCGGGCGCCCUGGAGCCGCGGGCCUCUGUCGCGGAGGCCGUGUCAUCCCUGACCAUCGCCGACGCCUUCACCGCGGCGGGCGAGAGCCCCGCCCCGCCGCCCUCCGCGCUCAGCAGGAGGUUCAUCUGCUCGUUCCCCGACUGCAGCGCCAAUUACAACAAGGCCUGGAAGCUAGACGCGCACCUGUGCAAGCACACGGGGGAGAGACCAUUUGUUUGUGACCAUGAAGGCUGUGGCAAAGCCUUUGUCAGGGACUACCAUCUGAGCCGCCACAUUCUGAUUCACACUGGGGAAAAGCCAUUUGUUUGUACAGCUAGUGGCUGCGAUCAGAAAUUCAACACAAAAUCAAACUUGAACAAACAUUUUGAACGCAAACACGAAAAUCAACAAAAACAAUAUGUAUGCACUUUUGAAGGUUGUAAGGAGGCUUUCAAGAAACACCAGCAGCUGAGAAUCCAUCAGUGCCAGCACACCAGCGAGCCACUCUUCAAGUGUGCCCAUGAAGGCUGUGGGAAACACUUCACCUCACCCAGCAGGCUGAAGCGACACGGGAAGGUCCACGAGGGCUAUAUGUGUCAAAAAGACAAAUGUUCCUUUGUGGCCAAAACAUGGACAGAGCUUCUAAAACAUGUGAAAGAAACCCAUAAAGAGGACAUAAAAUGUGAAGUAUGCCAGAAGACCUUUAAGCGCAAGGAUUACCUUAAGCAGCACAUGAAAACCCACGCCCCAGAAAGGGACGUGUGCCGGUGUCCAAGAGAAGGCUGUAGCAGAACCUACACGACCGUGUUCAAUCUCCAGAGCCACAUCCUCUCUUUCCACGAGGAGAGGCGCCCAUUCACUUGUGAACAGGAAGGCUGUGGCAAAACAUUUGCAAUGAAACAAAGUCUCACUAGGCAUGCUGUCGUGCAUGACCCUGACAAGAAGAAGCUCAAAGUAAAACGAUCUCGUGAAAAGCGGAGUUUGGCCUCUCGUCUCAGUGGCUAUAUUCCUCCUAAAAAGAAGCAAGAACAAGGCUUAUCUGUGUCUAAGAAUGGAGAGACCCUGAACUGUACUGAAGACAAGGCUGAAAGGAAGAGAUGCUGACCACAGGGCAUCGGGGGAGAAAGACGAGGAACAGACACAAGUAAGAGGGUUGGAGAAAGCUGGGCUAAGGUGCUGAGAGGGAACGUCCCCCGCUUCUCCCAUCCCUGUAGGCCCAGGGCUCUUUGGCCCAGGCCAUGGUCGGCCGCAGAAGUAGGGUCCCAAGGCGUUGGGGAGCAGGAGGCACGACACCUACCAGGCUUCGGGUGGGCCUUCUCCAUCUCCCGAAGUCGCAGCCGCUCCUCGUGAAUCUGCAGCCCCGAGAGGAGCUGGUACCGUGGAGGCUCCGAGCCGCUGUCCCUCUUCACGAGCCUCAGGUCCCGCUCGGCCAUGAGCCGGAUCACCUCGGCACGGUGCAUGCUCCCCAAAUCAUUGCCUGCCUCGUCCAGCACGUGUAUGACUCGCUCGUGAAUUUUUCUUCCGAUGUUGCUAAAAGCUGGGUCAUUCUUUGUUUUCUUCUUCCUGCUGUCCUGGGUGUCUGCCACGGUACCAGAGGCUCUGGCAUGCAUCAGGGAAGAUAGUCUUGGGACAGGAGCAACGAGGGGCAGCCGCGCCGGGAUGGUCAGGGGCAGGAUGUAGGUACCAAAACAUCUUCUAGUGCAAUUUCCUGCCGUCUUCUUUAGGGUUUGUAACGUUAGCCUCUUUAGAAAAAGGGCAGCCAUCCUAAAAAAGCAGGGAGAAAGAGCUGUUACAGUUCAGUUAGUUCAUCCCCGGGCUGUGGUGCUGUGGUACAUGAAGGCUGUGAGUGAGACUGCAGGUAUGUCAUCUGCAGGAAUGUUACAGGUCCGGGCCUAGGGAAGUGACACCCAUUACGCAGACUGUCAGGUGACUGUGGUCACACUAACCCGUGGUGGUACCAUCCCCAGUGCAAGUUAUUGUCAGAAUAAACCAUAUAUGCCCAGUG